AACAACAUGUUGAAUUUAGACAAUAGCGUAGCCGAAAUCGCUGAUCAAGGCGAGAAGGAAAUUGUUGCAGCUGCCGAUGAUAGAAUAAAAUCGCCGCCGGCUGCAAAUCGUCCUGCCGAACGUUGCCGUUUGUGCCACAACUGUGUAACAUCCGCCUCGCUUAAUAUUUAUGAAUCAGUUGCUGAUUUUUAUAACGAAGAGUGCCGCAUUGUUGACGCCUGCCUGGAAUUGCUCGGUGUGCGGUACAAUCGACACGAGUACUUGCCGGAGCAGAUUUGCAGUCGGUGUUUGGAUCUGCUUGCCGACUUCCAUAAGCAGCGCCGGAGUAUGCUGGAACGUGAGCAAGAGCUGCAGGACGAUCUGAGUAGCAUUAUCAAAUUGGAUCCCAAAUACAGACCAGGCUUGAAUGGCAAUCCUGGCGAUUUUUGUGCCGAGGAAGGCUGCGAGAUUAUUGAUGUAGAUCCAGAUCAACUAUGUGAGACGAGUGAUGAUGAUUUUCUGAUCGGCUCCGACAUGGAGGACGAGGAAGAAGAAAGCGACGAUGAGGAAGAAGCACCCACCGAAGAGGAUGCAGAUAUGCCCCUCGGCAUGGAUGCUGCACAAAUGCAUACGAUAAUGCAAGCCCAUCAAAAUGUGGAUCUGAAUACGCCAAUGAACGCCGACAUGCAUCCAAAGAGCGCAUUCCUUUGCCAAUAUUGUGACUUGGCCUUCACGCUGCAGCCAGAUUGCCAGCAGCAUGAGCUAAAUUCGCAUGAUCCUGCGGCACCCUAUAGCUGCAACUACUGCCAGUUGCGUUUGGUGACCCGCAAUGCGCUUAUUUCGCACAUCAAGGAAUCGCACGAUGCCGAGCGCCCAUAUGUGUGUGCGCACGCACACUGCAGCAAAGGCUUCUGUCGACGUUCCGAUCUGAAGAAGCACACAAUCGUGCACACUGGCGUGCGUCCCUACACCUGCACUGUUUGCUCCAAGUCCUUUUCGCGGAACACCAAUCUCACCAAGCAUUUGCGCAUACACAACAGCAUUAAGCCAUUUGUGUGCCAACAGUGCCCGCGCUCCUUUCAGACGCCGUUGGAGUUAAUGAAGCAUGCGCGUUCCCACACCGAGAUCAAGCCGUAUCAGUGUGUUCGCUGUCCAGCCUCCUUUGCACGAAAGGAUAAGCUACAAAUGCAUCAGAAUGUGCACGAAAAACGCGAUAUUGAACAACAGCAGCAGCAGCAGCAAUUGGUGCUUCCUUUACAUCCAUACGUCGAGGCCGAUGCGAUUCAGCUUCAGCAGCAUCAACAACUUCAAUCGAUGACCAUGCAUAGACCGGUCGGCUUAGCACCGAAGCCCGCAUUCAAAUCGUCGCGGAAUUAUCGUUGUGAUGUGUGUGAGAAGACGUUUCAACGUGAGCGGGACUUACAACGACAUCGCGCCUUGCACAUGGACUCCUUGUUCGCCUGCAAGGUGUGCGGACAGGGUUUCAAUCGACGCGAACAGCUGCAACGCCACGAACUCGAGGCUCACGGCCCCAACUACACUUGCGCCAUUUGUAACAUUGCGUUCUUGCAGCAAACUCAUCUAGAAGUACACAUGAAGGUGCACGAGCUCCAACACAGUGUGGCCAAAAGCACGCAAGAGGCAUUGAAUGCAACCGUGAUGGCGCCGCAAGCGAUUGCGUUGGCAGAGCAACCGGCCUCAAUUGUGCCGCCAAAAAGCGCACAGGAGGCACAGACGUUGCAGUUUCCAAUGCGGCCGUCAGCUGCCGAAAUGUCCUUCUACAGCAACAUGAUACCCACAAUGAAUCUGGGUUUCUAUAGUGAGACGCAACCCGCAGAAUCCCGUAAUGGACAUUGAGGACAAGACUUUAUUUAUCAUAUUGUGGAAUUAAAAGUUUGAAAAAAGAAGAUUUUAAGACUAUGCGAAGAAAUUCGUCCUUACGCGUAAGUAGUGAACAAAUUAAAGAAGCAUAAUUAUGAAUGGGUGACAUCUAUAGCUUUGAUUUUACAAAUCGAUUUUGAAUUGUACAGCAAACUAUUGUACUAAAAACACAUUAAGUUGUUUUCAUUACUGGCCAGACAGGCAACUAGUUUGCUCACAAAUUUGCCAAUCAUAGUGUUACUUCCCCAUUAAACUUAUCUGGGAAUUACUUUUCGUAGCCACAAUUGUAUGUGAAAAUGAUUUGCAUGCUCGUCUGACAUUUUACAGCCUUCACUAUAUUUUUAGUUGAAGUUAUCUUUAAGCUUUGAGAACUGCGAAAGCUGCUUGUUCUUCACUUCAUUUUCUUCUUCAUUUCACACAUUUCUGGUUUACAACAGGUAA